UAGGCGGCGCGUCAGUCCUUCAAAGAUGCUUGUGGAUGUUACUGAUGUUACAUAGUGGAGUAUGUAGCUGAACAAUGGCUUCAACCCCUGAGCAGGUUGUUUGUACCCCUACAUUUGUCUUUCCAGCAGCGUUUCCAGAAACUUAUGGCAAGCUGUUGAUAGCGGAGGCUAGCAGCUGUUACGGAUUUGAUCCCCGCCAGCAUUUGCCCAACUUCCAUGGGCCACCAACUACAGCAGCCCAACAAGUCGCUCCCCCGACAUCAUCUGCCCAGGAAGAGCAAAGUGGUACUAAGCCACUCGUGAGCAAAGGUUCUGUCUCACCUCGGGGAUCUCUUACCUCCCUCAAGAUACCACAUCCCACACCUCCGUUGCCACCCUCGACUAGUGCCGACUACAGUAGAUGUCUUUCAUCUGCACCUGUAGCUUUUCCAGGAAUUGAUCCCACUAAGCUUCCCAAAGUUGAACACCCUCCUGAACAGACAAAAAACGAUAAACUGUGGCCCUGUCCAUCAUGUAAAGUUCCCUUCAAGGCAGCAUCAGAGCUGCAACAACACUUGGGUCAGCACACUCGUGGCGAACAACGAGGCGGAAACGUGCCUUCUGUGCCAUGUGAAGUCUGCGGGAAACUGUUUGCAUCCUCUGAUCGUGUAAGAGCCCACGUGCGUGCUGCCCACGGGGAGAAGGCUUGUGCGUGCGAUAUCUGCGGCAGUGGCUUUAGCUACCGCUGCAAGCUCUUGGACCAUAUGCGCACCCACACUGGAGACAAGCCCUUCCGUUGCGAUGUAUGUGGUAAAACUUUCUCGCAGAAGAACCACCUGACACGGCACGCAAUGAUUCACACGGGGGAGCGACCCUUCCCUUGCGACUUCUGUGGCCGAGGCUUCUACCGGAAGGACAAGCUGGCGCGGCACCGGCGUGUGCACACAGGUGAGCGACCCCACGUUUGCCUCGCGUGUGGCAAGAGCUACGGGCGGCGCGAGAAGCUGGCGCGGCAUCUCCGGGCGCAUGCCGGUGAACGCCCGUUUGCGUGUGCCGCGUGCGGCCGCCGCUUCCUGGAGCCUAGAGACUUGCACAGACAUAAAUGCCCCUCCCGUUGCAGUGGGGAGCAACAGGCACCACCACCACCCGUCCGGCUCCUCUCUGCCCCCGGAACAAGCAGUGCUGAGCAGCUCGCAAGCCUCUACGAGCGACUCCAAAGCAGCUGCCCCACCACCUCCACCAGUGUCACAUCCUCCACAGCAACCCACCAGCACUCUGCUGAACCCUCACGGUCUGGCCACUUUCCGGAGCGCUCCCCCAUCCAUGUUCAAGACAGACUGGGGGGCCGUACCCACCCCUCCUCCUCCCAGACACUAGGGGAACAAGCAGCACUGUGAUGCAUUAACACUGUUCUUUCGGUGGACUAAAUAGUGAGUGCUGUCCUAUUUCCACACUGAGUUCAUGCACAUGCAGCUGUAUACAUUUUUGUAAGCAUAUUUCUUUUUGGUUGGUGUGGAUGACUUUGAUUUGAUUUGGUUCAGGUGUUAUGUGGCUUACAGAAAGUUUGCCAUAGCGAGUACUCUUAUUUGUUACUCAGUGUUGCCAUUUCCAGAUAUUUAUAGUAGGAGCAUGUGUGUUUUAUUGGUGUGUCAGCAUGAUAUGUUCAUGGACAGUGUAGCUUUCAAUAACCUGUGCACAUCCUGGAUUAAAUUACAAUCUCAUUGAACAUAUUCACACCUGAAUGUAGCGCAGGACAGAGAUUGCCGACUUAAGUUCACCACUUGCUGUGCUGACCUUAUGCUUCCUAGAAAGAUGGCUCAUACCAAGAAAAAAAAAAUUUUUCAUGUUGCCAGUCAUGGUGUAUGUGAAAUAUAAAUUUUUGUGGCUAUUUUAACAGGUGGCAAACUUGUUUUGAACUAAUUUUGAAAAGACAUGAUUUUUAAGUCCAAAGUAUGGGCCUGAUUAUUAUGGACAACUUUUUCGUUAACCGAAUAUUUCACGUUUUGUGUUGUUAAAAUGGAUAGGCAGAUCUGUGCCAAAGCUUACCGACGUGGACAUGUGGGUGUUUAAAAGGAAUGGGGCAAGGUGUUCAGGAUGGUGUACAUAUGGCUGGGGCAUUACAUCAUGGCAUUUUGGUGAAAUGGGUUGACACAUCUUACAUAAGAGAGCCUCUUGAAGAGGGCAUGAUGUCACUGAUUUCCCUCUCCUGGAAGUUAGGGUAGCACCUUUUUUCCUAAAACUUCACGUGAUUUUUGCGGGAUGGCUCAAAAUGACUCGAGUGGUCAUAUCAUGUGCCGUGUAUUAGACAACUAGUAGUCAGCAUUUCCACAUAGAAGGCUUAUCACAGUGUGUGAUAAGUAUCCUGAACGUUUAGAUAAAGUUUAAUUGUCCUUCACAUUGAACAAAAUAAGGCUUGCCUUUUGUUUCGCACAGUUUUGAAUGAAGCAGCUUCCAUUCACAGUGUGUGUGUGUGUAGUUGAUUUCUGCCAGGUCGACAUGAACAAGACGCAGCUGUAGCUGGUGAGCUAUGUAAUGCCCCCAUUGCCUAUUAGCGUUUCAAGCUGCUGACAACAGCUACGAUGACUUUCUUUGGAAAAGAGAGUCUUGUGUUGCUAUAUUUUUCUAUGAACACAAAGGCACGUUUCUUCUCAUGCAUAAGGCAAGAGUUUACUUUUUGUCGGAAUGCUCAAUUUUUUUCCCUUUACCUUACACUUUGUAUACAAUGUAUAAGUAUGUGAGAUAUUCUCCAUCCUCAUUUGUGAUUAGUGUGACGCUAGCCAAGAAGGCAUGUACUGUUGUAGCCAUCAUAUAUGAAACCUUGUUUGGGUGAUGUCAAUACUUUAAUGAUAAACCAACAACAUAUGCAAAUGUUUUUCUAAGUAUGUGUAAUAUGCAGAUUUCAUGCAUUUGCAGAGUGAUAAAAGGUACAUGUGCCAAAUUGUCAUGUACUUGUGUUUAAUUUUUUUAGUGCUACCUCUUAUAAUGUUUGUGCAUUAUGUCUGUCUCUCCUAUUUUAUUUGUCAUGACAGUUUGUAUGUUUCCUGAGCUGCAUGUACGUUACUCGCUGAUGUAUGCCAGCUGCUGUUAAUCGCAGAUAAAUUGUGAAAAAUAAAUCACAUAAUUUUCUGAA